AGUGGUUGUUUUGGGGUAUCCAAUUCCUCCGUUCUCAUGCAGAGGAGGGGGGGGAGGGAAUGGGAGGGGAGGGGACGGGAGGAGGAAGUGAGUGACAGGAUCGCCGGGCUGUCUUUCUCUCAUACAAGAAGUGAGUGACAGGAUCCACAAAGAAGAAGAAGAAGAAAGAAAAAAAAGAACAAAAGUGAAGGCAUAUCAGGUAAGGAGGCGGUUAUGGAACAGGAAGAAAAGUUUGGAGAUCAAGAAGCAAGAAGAGAGCAAGGAACAGAGCGUGAGGGAAGGGUGGAGAAGGAGAACCAGGUGAUGGACGUGAUGAAGAUGAUGAACGUGAUGAAGAUGAUGGACGUGAUGAAGAUGAUGGACGUGAUGAAGGUGGAGGUAAUGAGUGAUGGAGUGAUGGAGAUGAUGGAGAUGAUGGAGAUGAUGAGGGUGAUGGGGGUGAUGGAGGUGAUGGAGGUGAUGGAGGUGAUCGAGGUGACGGAGAUGAUGCAAGUGAUGCAAGUGAUGCAAGUGAUGCAAGUGAUGGAGGUGAUGAAGACGAUAGAGGUGACUGAGGUGAUGGAGGUGAUGAAGGUGAUCGAGGUGAUGAAGGCCGAUAGAGGAGGAGAAAUAAAAGGAGCACCAACGGCAGCAGCACGAGGAGGAGGAGGAGGAGGAGGAGGAGAAGGAGAAGGAGGAGGAGGAGGAGAAGGAGAAGGAGGAGGAGGAGGAGAAGGAGAAGGAGAAGGACGAUGCAUAGAUUACGGUUCCAGUCCACACACGGCUACCCUUUUUGAAGAUUAACAAGUCUUUUUUCCCUCGAAUAGAAGGUACGGUCAUUACGGCCGUAUAUGGAGCAAC